AACACCUUUUAACUCUUUAAAACUGAUCACUGUUUUGUGAAUUAGCGAGGAAACCUGGGAAGAAGCUCAAUGGAAAACAUACUUAUUAGCAACCAGUGUUUAACAUCCCUUUGGAAGCAAUUAGGAAGUGCUUCAUAAUGAGAGUAAGACCAUACCUGACCUAUGGACAAUACCUGGAGAAUAGGUUAUGACCUUGCUGUAUAGUGAUGAAACAAAUGUAAACACAUCGUCAAUAUCGUUGGCUGAUUGGUUAAAAAAAUGACAGGAACAUUAUUAAAGCAGCACGAAGGUGAAUCUAAGAUUGUGCAACAUUGCACUGCAUAUUCUGGAUUACUCAAAUGCUUUUAAAUAUGAAUUUCUCUGAAGUGACAUCUUUUUAUCUAUCUGAUUACAAUGGAAUGGAGGGCCUUAAGCCAGUGUACUUCUGCAUCUUUUUGAUUAUAUACAUGACUAUUGUUGCUGAAAAUGUUGUGUUAAUCGGACUGGUCUAUUGUGAAAAAACCCUGCAUGAACCAAUGUAUUUUUUGCUGUGUAACUUGGCUGUGAAUGGCCUGUAUGGAAGCACUGCCUUACUGCCAGCCGUACUGAGCAACCUGCUGUCACACUCAUAUGAGAUAUCUUUACUGUUUUGUCAGACACAGAUCUAUGCCGUACACACAUAUGCCAUCAUUGAAUUCACAAUUCUAGCAGCUAUGAGUUAUGACAGGUAUGUGGCCGUUUGCUAUCCACUGCUUUAUCAUUCAAUCAUGUCACAGAGAGUUGUUAAAAUUGUUGCUUUUACGUGGCUGUACCCCAUGCUGGCAUUUGUCAUUGUUUUAAUUUUCACUAUUCGGCUGCGGUUUUGUGGGAGAACCAUAGAUAAGGUGUAUUGUAUGAAUUACUCGCUGGUGAAACUUGCCUGUACAGAUACAUCUAUUGUUAACAUAGUUGGCCUGCUAUCUGUAGUUCUAUAUACACUUCCACAGAUCAUCAUGAUCUGUUUUUCAUAUGCACAUAUCCUGAGGAUAUGUGUACUGUCAUUCAGCAAAUCCAAGCUCAAAGCCCUCCGGACUUGCACCCCACACCUGCUCGCAAUAACAAACUACUCUAUCGGGUGCUUUUUUGAAAUAGCACAAAGUCGUUUCAACAUUAGUCACCUGCCUUACCAAAGCAAGUUGUUUUUAUCUCUGUACUUUUUGAUAUUCCCACCCAUUCUUAAUCCGGUAAUCUACGGUUUGAGUAUUCAAAUCAUAAGGACACGACUGUUUAGGCUUUUUCGCAGGAAAAGCGGGCAAGUGACAAAUAAUGUAGCCAAGAGGGCUGUUGGUAAGGUGCAUUCAAAGUGUGUUCUGCAUGGUGCUGGGAGGACUGAUGCCUCUAGAAAUACAUGACCAACAGAAUAUCCUGUCUCUCCAAGUUGUUUUAUCAAAUUUGCUCAUCUCAUUUUCUAAAACAAAACCAAAGAGAAAAAACAUUUUAUUUGAUCAGUUAUGCCAGGUGGAAUUCUUUAAGUAUUAUCACACUGAAGCUCAGGCUUUGUGCACAUAAUGUACAGAGAUUUAGUCAGUUUGUCUGUGAUUCCUGUGAUUGUAAUACAGGAAUUCUGAGACAU